UUCAGUUGGUAUUACUAGUCAGUGUUGCAUCGUAUUUGUAGUUUUGAACAAGUUUGAAUUUAUAGAAUUUAACGUACUAUUCCAUUGUUGUGUAUCGCUUUCUGUUUUUAUUCAUUUAUUAUAUAUUCUUAUUAAUUAAUAUGAGUAUUAUCAAUGAGCAAUUAAUUAAUCAUGAAAAAGGAACAGAUAUUCGUAAAUCAGCAGAGGAAAUGGAUGAGCAGCGUCAUAAGACAGUUGCUUAUGAAUAUCUCUGUCAUUUAGAGGAAGCUAAAAAAUGGAUGGAAGCUUGUCUUAGAGAAACACUUCCAUCAACAACUGAGUUAGAAGAAAAUUUAAGAAAUGGAGUAUAUUUAGCUAAACUUGCUCAUUUUAUGGCACCUGAAUCUUUGCCUAUUCAUAAAAUAUAUGAUCCUGAACAAAAACGUUAUACAGCAAUUGGUUUACAAUUUAGACAUACAGAUAAUAUUAAUUAUUUUCUAAAAGCCUUAAAAUCUAUGCAAUUACCAUUAACUUUUCAACCAGAAACAACAGAUAUCUAUGAUAAAAAAAAUAUGCCUCGUGUAAUAUAUUGUAUUCAUGCUCUGAGUACUCAUUUAUUUAAGCUGGGUAAAGCUCCACAAAUUCAAGAUUUAUAUGGAAAAGUGAAUUUUACUGAGGAAGAAAUAAAUAUGGUCAGUAAAGAAUUAAAAAAAUAUGGAAUACAAAUGCCUUCAUUUCAAAAAAUUGGUGGUUUGUUAACAAAUAGCAUGGAGAUUGAUGCAGUAACACUUCAUGCUGCAGUAAUAGCUAUUAAUCAAGCUAUUAUAGAAAAGAAUAAUGAUAAAAUAUUGACUACACUUCAAAAUAAAGUAGUACAGUUAAAAAAUAUUAUGUCAUGUUAUAUUAAAAAAUAUAGUGAUACUUUAUUUGAAGCAAAGGAAUCUAAAAUACAAGCUGCUCUUAAUCGAUCUCUUAAUGACAGUUAUGUACCAGAUAUAUAUGAUGAAUUGUUAACUCAGGUAGAAAUUCAGGGACAUAUUAAUUAUGUUAAUGUUCAUUGUGCCAUGGAAGAUAUAAUUCAAUCUAUUCAUUCUAAAAAUAAUGAUUUUAUGGAUAAAUUAAAAAUAUCUACAUUGUCUUUAAAAAAUAUUAUUGAUGAGAAUGCACAAUUAUAUAAAGAACAAUUAAUGCAAUUAUUAGAAAGUUCUGAAUGGAACAAUAUAUAUUCAGAGAGUAAUCAGCAUCAUUGGAAGCAACUACUUCAAAAGGAAAUUGAUGAAGUAAAUAAAAUGGCGUUUAAAUCUCGGAAACGAGAUGAAAGUAUAAAGUUUUUAAAUUUAACAUUACAAAAUAACACGCGAAAUGAUUUCUCUAAAGCUUUAAAAAAUCCAGAUCUAGGAUUAAUGGACAAAAUUGAUGAUUUUGCAAUACCAUUAUAUUAUGAAGAAAUGAGAGCUGAUUGCAUUGAAUCUCAGAAUGUUCUUUCAUAUAAUGAUAUUAAGGUCAGUAUUCGAGUUUUAUCAUCGAUUGCAAAAAUUACUAAAGCUAUAGACACGGGUAAUCCAGAUUUAGUUUACCAAGCAUUAACAAAUCCAGAUUGUCAUUUUUCUGAAAUAGAUCAAGAGAAUAAGGUAAAAUAUUAUAGAAUAUUAGUAACAGCCCGAUGUAAAAAGCAAAGUGAAGAAUGUCCUGUAUUAACAUAUAUUGAUAUUCAAGAUUGUAUUGAUAUUGUUAACCAACAAUGUCAAAAUGAUGAUCAAAUAAUACAAGUGUUACGUGAAUUAAACUCAAGUAUUGUAGAAAAUAAUCGAAAUAAUGUCAUAGCUGCUUUAAAAGAUAAUGCAUUGAAAUUACAAAAAGAUACUUCAGCUACUUUGCCAAAAGAUGCAUCUCUUUAUUUGAAAUUAUUUAAAAAAUGUCUUAAAGAAAAACAUUCUGAUGGUUCUGAAUUAUGGCUAGAAGAUGUAGAAAAUAUAACAAAAAUUGUUGUCUCAGAAUCUGAAAAUGUUCAAAAUGUCUGCACAUUUUUAUCACAAGUUAAUUUAGGAUUAAAACAAAAUAAUAUGUUGUUCACAAUCGAUUGUAUUCGAGCAUUUGGUUUUACAAUACCAGAAAAAUACAAAACAGAAUGUUUUAAAAGCUUAUACAAUUUAAAAAAUACUAAGGAAAAAAAUUAUAAUUGUGCAUUUGUUUAUUAUAUUACUCCUAAUAAUAAUGAAUCAUAUCUAGAUUUGCAGAAGUACAAUUACACCUGGGACUGUCCCAAAAAUAUGUCUGAAACAUUUUAUAUUAAUAUGGAAGACAUAAAAAAAAUAAUAAAAAACACUACAAUAAGAGAACAUGAAGAACAUAAAAUAAGUAAACAGAUAAUUCGAUUACAAGCUUAUAUUCGUGGAUAUUUAUUAAGAAAAAAAAUUUCUGAUAGAUUUACAUAUUUUUACGAUAAUAUAGAUAAAAUUAUUAAAAUACAAGCUUGGUGGAAAAGUAUAGCACAACGAAAACGAUAUAUGAAAUUAUUAGAAGAGAAAAGAAAAUUUAAUGGAAAACAAUUUCAAAAUACAUAUUUGGAAGUGAAAGCUAAAUAUAUAAAUGUAUUGGAUUAUUAUAAAGAACAAGAAGAAAAAAUUAUAAAAAUACAGGCCAUAUGGCGUGGUCGUGCUGAAAGACGUGCUUUCCAUUCAUUAUUAUAUAUGGAAAAACCACCAUUUCCUGUUGUUCGUCAUUUUUCCGCGAUUCUAAAUUUUAAUGCGGAAGAUUAUGACAAAGAUUUACAGUUACAACAUUUAAAACACGAAGUUGUACAAAGUAUACGACAUAAUCAGAUAUUAUCACAACAGUUAGAUAGUAUGGAUAUAAAAAUUGGUUUACUUAUACAAAAUAGAAUUACGUUGCAAGAUGUUGUAGCUCAUGGAAAAAGCUUAGAAACACUUGCAAAACAAAAACAUUCCAAUAGGGAGCAACGAAGUUCUUUAUCAGAUGGUAUUAAUUUACAUAAAGGUUUAAAAUCAUUAACUAAAGAAGGUCGAAAAAUGUUGGAAGGUUAUCAACACCUAUUUUAUGCUUUACAAACUAAUCCAACAUACUUAUCAAAACUUUUGUUUCUUUUACCUCAAAGUAAAACAAAUAAAUUUCUUCAAAAUGUAAUUUUAACAUUAUUUAAUUUUGGAUCAAAUAUUAGAGAAGAAUAUUUAUUAUUAAAAUUAUUUGGGAGUGCAUUAAAAGAAGAAAUCAGGUGUAAAUUUCAAAAACCAUCUGAAGUUGUUACCGGAAAUCCUCUUGUUUUGAAAAUGGUAGUGAAUUAUGCGCGGCAAUUAAAUGGUCAAAGAGCUUUAAGACAAAUUGUUGGACCAAUUAUUGAAAAAAUUUUAGCUGAUAGAACAUUAAAUAUAGAAACAAAUCCUAUUGAUAUUUAUAAAUGUUGGCGAAAUCAAUUAGAAAUGGAAACAGGAGAAACAUUAAAUUUGCCUUAUACGGUAACACAAGAACAAGCUUUAAAUUAUGAACAAGUACAAAUUAGAUUAAAUAAAGGAAUACAAUUAUUGCAAAGUACUGUUUUAGAAUUUUUAACUAAAAUAACUGAAUCAAGAGAUUUAAUACCAUAUGGAAUGUUAUAUAUGGCUAAAAUUUUAAAUGAUUCUUUAACUGAAAAAUUCCCAAAUGCUCCAGAAAAAGAUAUUUUAAAAGUAGUGGGAAAUUUGAUUUAUUAUCAUUUCAUAAAUGCAGCUAUUGUAGCUCCAGAUGCUUUUGAUAUAAUUACAUUACCUAUUGAUAGAUCAUUAUCAAAUGAUCAACGAAGAAAUUUAGCUAGUAUUGCAAAAAUUUUACAAUUUGCUGCUUCUAAAAAAGGAUUUGGUGAAGAGGCUACACAUUUAGUCUGUUUAAAUCCAUUUAUAAUUGAAUGCCAUGAAAAAUUUAAAAGUUUUUUCCGUUACUGCUGUCAAAUUGAAGAUUUAGAAGAACAUUUUUGUAUUCAUGAAUAUACAGAAGCCACACUUAUUCAAAAACCUGAAAUUUAUAUUUCACUACAAGAAAUUUGUGAUACUCAUUGCCUUAUGUUAGAAUAUCAAGAUCAAAUAGCAUCAGAUCCAUUAGAUUUCUUGCAUGAUUUAUUGGAUGAUUUAGGUCCUGCACCAACUGUUGCUUCUUUACUUGGGAUCUCUGAUAGUAUAUGUGAGACAAAUUUAAUGCGCUUUGGAAAAACAGAAGUAUGUCUUGUACUCACUAAUAAAUUUCAAAUACCAGAAGAUGAAGAUGUUAGUCUAAACAAACUUUUUAUAAAAACGAAGGAAUUAUUAGUUUCUGUACUACAAUUUUUAAAAGGUCAAACAUUAGUUGAAGCUUUAGAAACUAUAUGUUCUCCUAUACAAGAAAAAUUAUAUGAUGUAAAAUGCUCCAGUUUAUCGCCUACUUUAAAUAUCAUUCAUAAAAGUUCGUCCUUAAAUGAUUGUAAACUUCAGUUACGAGCGUAUCUUAAUAAACUUGAACUUGGCGGAUGGGUCAGUCAAACAGAUGGAUAUCAAAAUAUUAUAACCGCAGUGGCCAAAGAUCUUUGUAAUAAAGGAAAAUAUCGAAUAAUACGAAAUAAAGAAUUACAGACGUUACGUACAACUAAACAAAGAUUAGAAGAAAAAUGUAAAUAUUAUCAAGAACAAGUAGAAUAUUAUAAUGAAUAUAUACAACGUUGUUUGGAAAAUUUACACACUGGAAAAGGAUCGUUACAAGCAUUUAAAGCCAUUCAAAAAAAUAAUCAUGUUAAAUUAAGAUCUAAAAUGACAUUAAAAUAUUCUGCAUCCAAAUUACAAGAAAAAGGAGUAUUAUUAGAAGUUGAUGGACUUCCCCAAUCACAAUUUAAAAAUGUAAUUUUCGAAAUAAGUCCAACAGAACAUACCGGUCUUUUUAGCGUACGUUGCAAAUUUAUGGGAGUAGAAAUGGAAAAAGUUGAUAUCGAUAUACAAAAGUUACUUGAAUUACAAUUCGAAGGUGCGCCAAUUAUGGAUAUGUUUGGAAAAGCAAAAAUUAAUGUAAAUUUAUUGUUGUAUUUAUUAAAUCGAAAAUUUUAUGGUAAAACUUAAAGAAACAAAUUAAAUUAUGUAAAUUUAUAAAUAUGACAUAUGUUCUUAUAAGAUUUUAAAUGAAGAUAUGUUAAAUCUUAAAUUUUGUAUAGUUUGUAGAAAUUUUAGAUUCGAUUUAUAAAAUUCAGAGAGAGAGAGAGAGAGAGAGAGAGAGAGAGAGAGAGAGAGAGAGAUUAUACAAUUAAUUUUUGUAAAUAAUUAUACUUAUAAAAACUUAAGUUUAUUUAUACAAGAUUUUUGGAAUAUUUGUGUGUAUCAAUGAGAAAGACCAGUGUAACAAAGUAUAUAAAUUUAUGAAAUCUUAGAUUUAUAUAUUUAUAAUGUAACACUGGCAUGCAAUGAUUUAAUUAUUUUUAAUUUUACGUAAUAAGAUAUAUUUAACAAUAAUACAUAAAGAAAUCUAUAGAACAAAAGUUUUUAAAUAUAAUUAAGAGUUUUUAGAAGAGAAAUAUUUUUUUAAUUUUUAUAAAAAUAAGUAAACUAACGUAGUAAAUAUCACCUAUAACUUCCUCUAAAUUUAUUUAUAUAAUUAAAUUUAAUUUCAGCAAUACCACUCGUUUUUUUCUCUUUUUUUUCUUUUUAAUAAUAUAGGUAUUGAAUAAUUGUAGAUAUAUCUCAUAUGAAUAUAAAUAUUUUUAUGUUGCAUCAUUAAAAUAAGAUAAGGCAUAUUCUUAGAAAUUUCUAAAUGAGAGCAAUAGAUUGUCUAUUAUUAUAAUUUCUAAUUCAACAUAUACAAUUUAUAUUAUUUUUUAAAUAUUAGACAACCUAAUGUUCUUGUGCAUUUUAUAAAAUCUAAAAUCGAAUUACUUGAACACAAGUUUUGAAAUUUCUAUUAUAUGCAUAUUAAGUAUAUAUAUAUAUAUAUAUAUAUAUAUAUAUAUAUAUACUAUUUUAUAAAAUAUACUAUAUAAAGGCCUGUUUAGUGGAUACUGAUGAAUAAGCCUGCACAUUUAAAAUAAAAAAUUAAUAAAACAAAUUAGAAAAUUAUAUAUCAAUGUAAUUUUUGUAUAUAAUUGCUUACAUAUUAUAUUAAAUUUUUACAUUUUAUGAGCUUGCAUGUUUUAUUAUCAAAAUAACAAAGAUUUUUUCUAAAUAAAUAUCUAAAAUGAAACAAAAUAUUAAUAUUGAAAUCAAUUAUUAAAAGAAAUAUUUUUAUUUUUAUUAUUGUUAUUAUUUUUAUUUGUAUUUUAUUAUUUAUUUUUACAGAACAUGCGAGAGAAGUUUAAUUUUUUAAAUAUAAUUACAUUAAAAUACAUAUAUGUGCGUGUAAAAAAAUGUGAUAUCUGUCGAAUAGAAGUUUAUUUUAUCCCAUAUAUAUUUUAUAAACACUACAUACAUAUUAUCUAAGAAUGCAAGCUUACAUGGUGUACUUCAUAAUAUAUCAGUACCCAAAUUUUUUUCGCUUGUAAUUAUAAAACAUUGUGGAUAAACAACCCGCAUUUAUCUUUGCAUAUGAUAUUAUAAAUAUUUAUUUUUUACAUAUCCAUUUUCUUCAAAGUUUCGUUUUUAAUUCAACUUUAUUAUUAUACAAAUCUACCUUUACAUAAUUUACGUGACAGAUGCUAACAUCCAGGUACUGUGUCACGAGGUAUCUUGAAAGACAUUUUUAUAACUUAUGGAGCAUAAAAUGUCUAUAAUAUCAUUAAAUUGAAGUUUUUUUUUAUCGAAUUAAGUAUUUAAUAGUUUUAAUAUAAUUGAUUAUGUGCAAGCAAUAUAGUCCAUUAAAGCCUCCACGAAGCAGGCCAUAAAGUGCAUUUCAUGUACUAUUAACUGUGUAUUACAUAUGUCACCAUAAUAUUAAUAACUUUGAUAAUAAAUAGCAUAAUAACAUUAA